AUGUUGAAUUCUAACACGCCAAGAGGCAAUCAUUGGAUUGGCGCUUCUUCAACGUCCUCAACAUAUCAAGCAAUUGACGGUCGAACGUCGGGAAGUCAGGAAUGGCGAUUUCGCUCUUCGAAAAGCUAUGAUCGUGUGUCUUCAACUCUAUCGGAUGGCAGAGCUCGCGGCGAUACAAAAUAUACACUUGGCCCGGAUGGGAAACGUUUCGGGGAGCUUCAAUCUCAGCCAUUGAUUUCUCCAGAGGUUCUUGAAGCUUCGCGACAGCGAGCUUUGGCGCUUCUCAUCUUCGCCAUCAUUCAAGGAUACAAGGUCUACGACCUUAUCGUGCUGAAGAACAAGGUGGCGGUGGUAGGCCGACUAUUCGACAGCUCCAGACUGAGUUUCAUCUUCAAAUACCUGAUCAUUGAUUCGCUUUUUUUGUACUUCUUGCCGAGCUUCAAGAUUCCUAAGCUAACUUUCCAGCCGUGGGCCGUCACUGUUCAAAUCGUCGCAAUGACCGUCAUCACCGUUCUUAUAUCGAACGAACACGGCUUUGCCCUACUAUCGGUCUUUGGAGCGGCGUGGAGAAAGCUCAGUACCAAGGAGGUCAGCUUGACUGGCUCGUCGGUAAACAUGAGAAAAGUUAUGGAUUCCUCAUCGCAUUUCAGAGGAGCUUUGACUAUAAAGAUAUUGCCUGAGAAUACGGCCAUGUUUAACCCAUUGCAUGAUUCGUUCUGUCUGCCCAUGGACGCCAGCCUCGUGCCAGAAGGACAUGUUAAGGUUCCCAUUAGAAUUAACUCGACGGCUGAUAUUUCCUUGGUCCAGCUCGAGUACAGGGAUAUUUACACUGACAGAUCAGAGCUGAGAAAUUUGACAAGUAAGGAAUUCAGGUUAGUUGAAGAUUUAUCCGGUCUUCUUUCUCGAGAUAGGUUAAUGAGCCAAAGAGUGCAAGAUACUUCGACGAUACGAUAUAUUGAAUUGCCGCUCAACGAUGUUGGAUUCUAUCAGAUCAAAAAAAUUGUCGAUACAAAGGAUUUCAGUCUCAAGGUUUACCAGUCUCAUUUAGUCAUUCCUUACUGUCCUGUAGCAUCGAUCACUGGUCAUGGAAGCUCGGAUAGAUGCAUUGGUGACUCGGAUAGAGUCUCGUUGGAGGUUCAGGGGGUACCACCCAUGAAACUCACAUACACCAAAAGCAUUAAUGGUAAGGCUCGUACUUACGUCGACACCAACCUGGUUCCCGAAUUUUUUGAAACGCCCCUUCAAUCAACACGGAAGCAUAUCUUUUCUGCUACCGACUUGUCGGAUUUAAAAUGGGGCCGCAACUAUCCUGUGACAAUCAACUUGGAUACGACGGCUUCUCAAGACGGUCAUUACGUUUACAAGAUUGAUAAGCUGGUCGAUGGCUUGGGAAAUGUUAUGGAUUUUACCAAAAUUCCUGAAGCUCUGCAAGAAGAUUAUCAGGUUUCAUAUGAUUUUAAAGUCCACGAAAUACCUAGAGGUUCCUUAGAUGAGAAAUUUGACCCCAAAUCAUCGACGAAAAGAGCCAUCGUUGUUAAGUUCGAAAAACCGCCAACUUGGGAAGAUUCCGCUCCCUAUUCUGCGAACAUAUCAUUUGUUGAUGAGAAGCAGAAACUGCAUUUGCGGAGCAUCUCGACAACAUCUCAUCAUGCUUCAUUUCAAGCUGAAUCCCCCGGAACCUACAAGCUUGAAGGCAUCUCUUCGAAGCACUGUCCUGGGGUUGUCAUCGGAAAAUCAAGUAUUCUAAUAACAAAACCUGUGCCGCCACAGUUAGAUGUCAAGUCGACACCUAUACUUGAUCAGUGUGUUGGUCAAGUCGGGCUAAAUUUUGAUCUAACCUUUACUGGGGCCCCACCAUUCCAGUACAUGGCAAUGAUAUACAAAAUGGAAGAAAAUAAAAAGUGGAGGCUCUAUGACACUAAAAGAUAUACAUCGGAAGGGACAAGAAGCCAAUUCAGCUAUAACCCCACCAUCGAAGGCAAUUAUGAAAUUGUCUUCGAUCAUUUGACAAAUAAACUAUUCACCGAUCAGAUUUCUUUGGUUCCCCGUGAGAAGUACACAUUUAAGACUUCGAUGAGAGUGAAACCUAGCGCCAAAUUUAAGACACUGAAGGAAGUAGAGCUAUGUCUCGGUGAGCAAACGAAGGUUCCAGUAACAUUUCAUGGAGAGCCGCCCUUUUCAUUGACUUAUGACAUUGUGGAGACUUCUUCGAAUAAAAGAAGCUCGCGGAAGGUUGAUAACCUGCUCACUUACGAUUAUGAGAUCGAAAUUCCACGCUUCGAAGUUGGCGGAGAUUAUAUCGUUUCAUUGGUUUCCGUCAAGGAUUCUUCUGACUGCCUCGUAGGCUUAAGUGAGCCGGACGCAAGAAUAAAAAUUAGAAGGGAUAUACCUUCUGCCGCAUUCAAUCUUCUGGAUAAUUCAAAUCAAGUCAAGAUCAAGCAAGGCUCUCAAGCGCAUAUUCCUUUAAAGCUAGCAGGUGAGGCACCUUUCACGGUUAAAUACGAACAUUUCGAUUCUCACGGUCAGCUCCUUGGGGUAUAUGAAACUCAAUUUCAUUCGAGUUAUAAGCCUGUCCUUAAAGUUAGCAAUGAAGGAAGGUACAAGUUAGUUGAUGUUCGUGAUUCCAGCUGCAGCGGGAUCAUCGAAGAUCCGGAGAGCCACUUUGAGGUUGGUUUCUUAGACAAGCCCAGUUUUACGGUUGUGGCUAACAGUAAGAUCGAAAAAGUAAGUGAUACAAAUUUUGUCAAACAUGAGGUAUGUCAGGGUACUGAGAGCGUAUUGGACUUGGCUUUAUCCGGUUCUCCGCCAUUUUCAUUGAGGUUUGAUCUGGUCACGCCAAAUGGACAUUCAAUUAGUAAAGCCAUACAGGUUGCGACGAAAUAUGCAACAAUAAGGCUGCGAAACGAGGAACCUGGAGAACACAUUGUGAUAAUAAGCGCUCUUUAUGACUCGAACUAUGGCGAGGAAGAUUUCUCCAAGGCUUCCUAUUCGUCUCCGGAGGUCAUAGUCAAGCAAAAGGUCAAUCCACUACCAGAAGUAAAAUUUUCCGAUUCAGGAAAGAUUUUCAGGGCUUGCUCAACUGCUGUGAAUGAGGAAACGUCUUCAUUAGCUCCUAUCAGUUUGAGGUUUAAUUAUGGAGAAGCACCGUUUUCUGUCACUUUCAGUAUAUAUCAUGAAAGUACAAGCAGAACCGAACAUUGCACAAUUGAUAAAAUUGUACCGGGCUCAUUCAAUUACAGGAGACUUUAUGAGAAUCUGAAAUUAGGAAAUCACCUCAUCGCAAUUGAAAAAGUGGUAGACGCCAAUGGAUGCGCCAAUGAUAAGAUCGCUACAGAAAAUGAACAUGUAUGGAUAUCUGUGACAGAUGUUCCUAAAAUUCACUUGCUUGAUCCGACGGCCGACUAUUGUGUUGGCGAUUACGUCGCAUAUCAGUUGAGCGGUAAUGCUCCUUUCAACAUCAGGUAUGAAUUCAACGGGGCGCAACUCAAACUUAAGGAGCAUACAUCACAAUUUGUAAGGUUAGCCACAGAGCCCGGUACAAUCUCCAUCCUUUCCAUAGGCGACUCGACAUCGCAAUGCAUGGUAGACUUCACCAAGCCGAAUAUGAAGAAAGAGUUUGAUAGACUAUCUCUGGUUGUCCAUCCUAUACCAUCCGUCACUGUUUCCCAGGGACAGAAUGCCGUAGAGGACAUUCAUGAGGGAGACCAAGCGGAGGUCAUCUUCUCGUUUGAAGGAACUCCACCUUUCUCACUGACCUAUGUCAGAACUGAAGAAGCAGAGGGUAGAAAGAGGCCUCAAAUAGUGGAAACUCAUAAAGUAACAGACAUACAUUCCUUCGAGUAUAGAGUUCUCACUAGCUUACAGGGGACCUAUGAGGCUAUAGAAAUCUCUGACGCAUUCUGUUUCGCCAAGAAUGAUGCUUUCUUUCAUUACUGA